UAGGUGAAAUACUGAACAGUCUAGAGGUGACACAAGCAGUCAAGGUAACAGCGCAGAGUGCUAAUAAAUUUUCCCAUUUUCUUAAAAAAAAACUUCCAUUAAUCCGAAAAUAGUGGAUUUUGGCUACCAAAUUAUUUCGUGUUCAUUAUUAAAAAAUAUAAUUUUGUAGAAAGCUUAGAAGUUUAAUUACCCGAAUUAGUAAAUCCCAUCGAGUCAUCAGCCUGACCCUGGAAUAUGGGACACCUCAUUUCCCGCCGGGUAACGACAUCCCCAGACUCCGGAAUGUUUGGCCAAUCAAUGAUCAUGUGCGAAAUCGAUCUCCGGGACGUUUUGGGCCACUAUAAAUAUUGUCGGUGGGUCGAUGGGAAUCACAGUUUACGGGCAACAACGAUUCUGGCCAGAACACGAUCGGGAUAAGUUGCUAAUUUGAGAGAAAAAUAUUAAAUCUAGAGUACAUCCCCGUGAAAUUUCGCAAAUAAGAGAAACAAUGGCAAAGUUAUUUUCCAUCCUUUUGUGCCUGGUUAUUAUCGGAUCCAUCAGCGCAGGUCCUAUAGAGGUGAAGAAACCUGCUGAGGAGGCUGAUCUCUCCACUGCGGACACCAUUGGCUACGGAUACUACGCAGCUCCAUCGCCCAUUUAUUACGGUGGCUACGGAGGGGGCUACAAAUACGGCGGAUAUUCCGGAUAUGGAGGCUACGGCGGAUAUCGUUCCUAUGGUGGCGGCUUCUAUCGUCCCCGGAUUUACCCAGUUUGGGGCUAAAUAGUGCAACAUUACGCUGCCAGACAUACAAACGUUCCUUAACCCAGAAAAUCCUAUGUAAUCGCACUAGUGACCAAAGAAACUAUAGAAGCCCCUUUAAAAUUGUAACCCUUUCACUGUCUUGCAACCGCGAUAAUGACGUCAGCGGAGUUUUUGACCCCAGAGCACAAUUAACACCGGCUUUAUUGCAAUAAAAACAAAGCACUUUAUGUACGACUA